GGUUCAUUCUUUCUGACCUGGACCAUGAGCAAUGACUCGCCUGUACUGACAAGCCUGAUGGAGAACUCCACCGUAAGUACUGCAGCUCUCUAACUCCUGUCCUCACUCCAUCCAUCCAUCCAUCUUGUGCUCUUCUACACUCUCUACUAUCUCUCCAGCCUCUCUUCAUCCAUCUCUCUCUAUCUUGUCUCUAUGCUUUCUUCAUCCUCUCCCCUCCCUCUUUUCUCACACUCUUCUCCUUCUCCCUUUCUCCAUCCUGGUUUUGCACCUCUCUCCACCCCCUGUCUUUCGGCUGCCCCUCUGUGACUGUAUGACAUAGGCAGGCAUUUGGUUCAGAGUUACUGUAAACAGGGGCUCCACUGUUUUGUGGGAUUAGCCCAUUGGGUUACAGUGGGUUAGUAAUAUGGCCUGCAGGUAGCCGGCUGGCCAGAGAUUUAGCUGCUCCCACGGAUUGAUUGUGUUGUUCUUACUGUUGAGUUUGUAAAAACAGCAGAUUGCAUUACACUACAGUCACUCUGGCAGUGGAGGAGGUGCAUGUGUGUUUCAGUGUGUGUGUGUGUAUGUGUUUCAGUGUGAGAGUGUGGACGUGUUUAACUACAUUUGUGGGGACCAGAAGUCCCCACAUGAAUAGUAAACAAACAAAAAGUUGACCAACUGCGGACAUUUUGUUAGUCCCCACAUGGUCAAAUGCAAUUUCUAGGGGAUUUAGGGUUAAGGUUAGAAUAAGUGUUAGGGUUAGAAUUAGGAUUAGGGUUAGGCGCUAGGGUUAGGGUUAAGGUCAGGUUAGGGUUAGGGUAAGGGUUAAGCUUAGGUUUAGGGUUAGGGGUUAGGGAAAAUUGGAUUUUGAGUGGGACUGAAUUGUCUCCACAAGGUUAGUUAUGCAAGACUGUGUGUGUGUGUGUACUGUGUUUCCUGUAAUGAUAGCUGAGACCCAGCAGGGAAUCGUGCUGGCUGUGAGGCUUUCCCUGAAGAACCUAUUACUAUUGGGCAAUUCCACUGUAACUGAAUUGCAAUGAGACUCAGAUGCUUCACUUAAAAUGUAUGCCAAACAAUAACUGUUGAUUUAAAAGUUUAACAAACCAUACAACUCUAUGCACAAAGACUACUUUUAACAAUUGACACUAAACACAUUUACUGGAAGAACUGCGAAGAUGCAAAGUUUGGUAACCGAGUUAAAUUGAAAUCUCCCUCAGUUUUUUAUAUGUCCACGUGUUCCAAAAACUCUUAAAUAACUGCUACGAAUUAAGAUUCAACAAUGUCUGCAGAAAGAAUGGGGUGUCAGCUAUGACAUGACACAUUGAUUUGAAAAAAUAUAUUUUAGUUAUUGAACUACAGUAAGUGAAGUGGAUUUACACCCGUUAAUUGCGGUAACAUAAUUUAAUCAUGGGUCCCUGAUCUGUACUACACAGAAAUGCAUAAUUAUGGAAAUUAAUGUAAUUCUCUUCAUGGUGAUGUAUCCUAAAUAGGUACAUACAUAUGCAAUAUCCUUCUUUGCAUAUUUGGAUAUUACUCUACACACUGGCUAUUAUUUUAGUUUUUUAGCUCUGCCCCCAAACAAGACCAAAUUUGGUUGGUCCGGACCGGACCAAAUCUGAACCAAUCAUUGACGUCUAUGUUUCACAAGUCUGGACAUCAAAGGACAGCACAGUAGAGUUCAGUACAGUAGAGUUCAGUACAGUACAGUAAAGUAGAGUAUAGUUCAGCGCAGUACAGUACAAUAAAGUAGAGUAUAGUUCAGUACAGUAAAGUAUAAUACAAUACAGUAAAUUAUAGUGUACUCAUCUCUAGUGUGCUCUACUGUGUACUGUACUGCUCUACUGUACUGUACUAUACUGUACUUUUAUUUUCUUUACUGUACUGUGCUGUCCAAACUUGUGAACCCAACUGUUGUUUGUGACUACUAUGAUUUCCCGUUGUAUCCAAUUCAAUUGUAGAAAUUAUGUUAUAGAUUUUUCCCCAAAUUCCAUUACCAAUAUGGUAAAGGAAUUUUUAGUUUUAAUCACUUAAUAAUUCAUAAACAAAAUUGAUAUCAGUAAAAACAAUAUAACUAAUUGAUAGGUCUACCUUCUAGGUUACUUCUGUGAACUUUCAUUAUCCUCCCUCCUAAUGUUGAUUUUGUACAUCAACACCAGACGCGAUCCAGACACGCAGGUUGAAAUAUCAAAACGAACUCUGAACCAACUACACUGCUCAAAAAAAUAAAGGGAACACUAAAAUAACACAUCCUAGAUCUGAAUGAAUGAAAUAAUCUUAUUAAAUACUUUUUUCUUUACAUAGUUGAAUGUGCUGACAACAAAAUCACACAAAAAUUAUCAAUGGAAAUCUAAUUUAUCAACCCAUGGAGGUCUGGAUUUGGAGUCACCCUCAAAAUUAAAGUGGAAAACCACACUACAGGCUGAUCCAACUUUGAUAUAAUGUCCUUAAAACAAGUCAAAAUGAGGCUCAGUAGUGUGUGUGGCCUCCACGUGCCUGUAUGACCUCCCUACAAUGCCUGGGCAUGCUCCUGAUGAGGUGGCAGAUGGUCUCCUGAGGGAUCUCCUCCCAGACCUGGACUAAAGCAUCCGCCAACUCCUGGACAGUCUGUGGUGCAACGUGGCGUUGGUGGAUGGCGCUGGAUUCAGGUCUGGGGAACGGGCGGGCCAGUCCAUAGCAUCAAUGCCUUCCUCUUGCAGGAACUGCUGACACACUCCAGCCACAUGAGGUCUAGCAUUGUCUUGCAUUAGGAGGAACCCAGGGCCAACCGCACCAGCAUAUGGUCUCACAAGGGGUCUGAGGAUCUCAUCUCGGUACCUAAUGGCAGUCAGGCUACCUCUGGUGAGCACAUGGAGAAAUGCCACCCCACAUGACUGACCCACCGCCAAACCGGUCAUGCUGGAGGAUGUUGCAGGCAGCAGAACGUUCUCCACGGCGUCUCCAGACUCUGUCACGUCUGUCACAUGUGCUCAGUGUGAACCUGCUUUCAUCUGUGAAGAGCACAGGGCGCCAGUGGCGAAUUUGCCAAUCUUGGUGUUCUCUGGCAAACGCCAAACGUUCUGCAUGGUGUUGGGCUGUAAGCACAACCCCCACCUGUGGACGUCGGGCCCUCAUACCACCCUCAUGGAGUCUGUUUCUGAUCGUUUGAGCAGACACAUGCACAUUUGUGGCCUGCUGGAGGUCAUUUUGCAGGGCUCUGGCAGUGCUCCUCCUGCUCCUCCUUGCACAAAGGCGGAGGUAGCGGUCCUGCUGCUGGGUUGUUGCCCUCCUACGGCCUCCUCCACGUCUCCUGAUGUACUGGCCUGUCUCCUGGUAGCGCCUCCAUGCUCUGGACACUACGCUGACAGACACAGCAAACCUUCUUGCCACAGCUCGCAUUGAUGUGCCAUUCUGGAUGAGCUGCACUACCUGAGCCACUUGUGUGGGUUGUAGACUCCGUCUCAUGCUACCACUAGAGUGAAAGCACCGCCAGCAUUCAAAAGUGACCAAAACAUCAGCCAGGAAGCAUAGGAACUGAGAAGUGGUCUGUGGUCUCCACCUGCAAAACCAGUCCUUUAUUGGGGGUGUCUUGCUAAUUGCCUAUAAUUUCCACCUGUUGUCUAUUCCAUUUGCACAACAGCAUGUGCAAUUUAUUGUCAAUCAGUGUUGCUUCCUAAGUGGACUGUUUGAUUUCACAGAAGUGUGAUUGUGUUGUUUAAGUGUUCCCUUUAUUUUUUUGAGCAGUGUAUAUACAUUUGGGGACAGGUCUAAACACAUGAAACAUUCAUGGCCAUUUAGCUAGCUAGCUUGCUGUUGCUAGCUAAUUUGUCCUGGGAUAUAAACAUUGGGUUGUUAUUUUACCUGAAAUGCACAAGGUCCUUUUUUUUCUGGAUCUUUGUAGAAUUUUAACCCAUUUUGAGUCUCACAAAAUCGUGUGUUCUCUACUCCGACAUUUAAACCACAGAUAAAAGGGGAAGCCUAGUUAGUUUAUAGUAAUCUCUCCUCCUUCAGUAGUAGUAGUAGUAUUCGUCUUCGUCUUCUUCUGUGGACUUCAUAUGUCAUUUGGCAACCAACUUUAAAGUGCAUUACCACCAACUGGACUGGAGUGUGGAUCUCAGUUCAUCUUUCAAUCACCCACGUGGGUAUAUGCUCCAAAAAACCAAUGAGGAGAUGGGAGAGGCGGGUCUUGCAGCGCAUCAACCGUCAAAAAUAGAACCUAUUUUAUUUAUUCUAUUUUAGCGCCUGGCUACGCAGGUGCUCGUUGACGAACGUGAGCAUUUUAGAUGAAAUGAUUCAAUAACAUGUACACUACCAGUCAAAAGUUUGGACACACCUACUCAUUCAAGGAUUUUUCUUUUUUUUACAUUGUAGAAUAAUAGUGAAGACAUCAAAACUAUGAAAUAACAUAUGGAAUUAUGUAGUAACCAAAAAAGUGUUAAACAAAUCCAAAUAUAUUUGAGAUUCUUCAAAUAGCCACCAUUUGCCUUGAUGACAGCUUUGCACACACUUGGCAUUCUCUCAACCAGCUUCAUGAGGUAGUCACCUGGAAUGCAUUUCAAUUAACAGGUGUGCCUUAAUGCGUUUGAGCCAAUCAGUUGUGUUGUGACAAGGUAGGGGUGGUAUACAGAAGAUAGCCCUAUUUGGUAAAAGACCAAGUCCAUAUUAUGGCAAGAACAGCUCAAAUAAGCAAAGAGAAAUGACAGUCCAUCAUUACUUUAAGAUAUGAAGGUAAGUCAAUACAGAACAUUUCAAGGACUUUGAAAGUUUCUUCAAGUUCAGUCGCAAAAACCAUCUAGCGCUAUGAUGAAACUGGCUCUCAUGAGGACCGCCACAGGAAAGGAAGACCCAGAGUUACCUCUGCUGCAGAGGAUAUGUUCAUUAGAGUUACCAGCCUCAGACAUUGCAGCCCAAAUAAAUGCUUCACAGAGUUCAAGUAACAGACACAUCUUAACAUCAACUGUUCAGAGGAGACUGUGUGAAUCAGGCCUUCAUGGUCGAAUUGCUGCAAAGAAACCACUACUAAAGAGACUAGCUUGGGCCAAGAAACACGAGCAAUGGACAUUAGACAGGUGGAAAUCUGUCCUUUGGUCUGAUGAGUCCAAAUUUGAGAUUUUUGGUUCCAACCGCCGUGUCUUUGUGAGAUGCAGAGUAGGUGAAUGGAUGAUCUCCACAUGUGUGGUUCCCACUGUGAAGCAUGGAGGAGGAGGUGUAAUGGUGUGGGGGUGCUUUGCUGGUGACACUGUCAGUGAUUUAUUUAGAAUUCAAGGCACACUUAACCAGCAUAGCUACCAAAGCAUUCUGCAGCGAUACGCUAUCCCAUCUGGUUUGCACUUAGUGGGACUAUCAUUUGUUUUUCAACAGGACAAUGACCCAACACACCUCCAGGCUGUGUAAGGGCUAUUUGACCAAGAAGGAGAGUGAUGGAGUGCUGCAUCAGAUGACCUGGCCUCCACAUUCACCUGACCUCAACCCAAUUGAGAUGGUUUUGGAUGAGUUGGACCGCAGAGUGAAGGAAAGGCAGCCAACAAGUGUUCAGCAUAUAUGGGAACUCCUUCAAGACUGUUGGAAAAGAAUUCCAGGUGAAGCUGGUUGAGAGAAUGCGAAGAGUUUGCAAAGCUGUCAUCAAGGCAAAGGUGGGCUAAUUUGAAGAAUAUCAAAUACAUUUUGAUUUGUUUAACACUUUUUUGGUUACUACAUGAUUCCAUAUGUGUCAUUUCAUAGUUUUGAUGUCUUCACUAUUAUUCUACAAUGUAGAAAUAGUAAAACUAAAGAAAAACCCUUGAAUGAGUUGGUGUGUCCAAACUUUUGACUGAUACUGUGUAUAUAUAUAUUUUUAGAUAAACCGCUUCUGCCCCACCUGCCCUGAAUGACGGGUUGCCACUGGAUAGAAAACAGCCUAUGUGGAAUCGAUAUUAGUCAAACAUUUAUUCUAGUGGCAAAAUUGACUACAAAGUGUAAAUAGGAUCAUUUUGGUCAUAAAGUCAGUCUAGUCCAAAACGGACUUUUGUAAGUGACUUACUUGAUGGUUGGGUAUUGAUUUAGACAAUGCUCACAGGAUACACAGCUGCGGUGAUUGCACUAUAUCCAAUCCUACCGCAGAACACACAGACAGUGAGACAGACCUUCCCAUCAGCACAGUGGAUCAGACUUUGUUUACAUAAGACAACACGUCUUUUUUAGCUUGAGAAAUACUGCACCAAACACCUUUAGCUAGAUGUAAAAUUGUGCGACUAAAACCUCCUCUGUAAAAACUUCAAAUUUAAGUACAGAUUUCUUGAGUUAUCUAUUUUGAGGAAGUGAUACUGGAUUUGUUCUUAUGAUGUCUCAUGGGGGACAAACAUCAGUAACGGCCACAUCUAACCACACCCCCCUAGACUGAAAUCUAUUUUUUUUUCUUAAUGAGCAACAGAGAGAAACAUGCAGAAUCGGUCACUCUUUAAGAGCCCUCGAGAUAGAAGUUCCCUUUACCACAGAUCUAUUUGGGCAACUUCUACCUACUCCCAUUGACUCAAAAGGGUAGUGGCUAGGCUAUGGUAAGGUACUAGGGGCAGAAAUGGUACUAGGCCUCUGACCCUAGUAGUCUCUCCCUCUAUACAGGAGCUGCCAGUGUUGGCAGGGCGGGUGGAGGACUAUGUGCUCCUGCUGAUCCUGCUGUGUGUGUCCACUGGGGGCACUCUAAUCCUGCUCUCCGUGUUGUUGCUGUUCUGUCACCGCUGCUGUGUGGGCGGCCGCCGCUACUCCAGGUAACACGCACACAAAUACGCAAGGCACGUAUGCACACACACACACACACACGUACUUCUCACCUCUACAGUAACCACAACUACAGUAUUAUAGGUCAUGUCCCUUACUCUUACUCUGAGCAUACCCAAUGUGUAUUGUGUAUGAACAAAAACCCUGAAUAAAACAGCAUAAUACUGUAGCAUGUCUGCAUAGAGGGAUUAGGAGACAGUGUUAGGGUGAUUAUGUUAGAAGUGGAUUACUGCUCAGUGAAAUAAAAAUGAGCAUUAAAUCUUUGUCUGGAGACAGUUCUAUUUUUGCACGCAAAGAGUAAAGAGGGAGUACCAAUAAUACUAUACUGAACAGAAAUAUAAACACAACAUGUAAAUGGUUGGUCCCAUGUUUUAUGAGCUGAAAUAAAAGAUCUCAGAAAUAGUCCAUACGCGCUAAAAGCUUGUUUCUCUGAAUUCUUUGCACAAAUUUGUUUACAUCCCUGUUAGUGAGCAUUUCUCCUUUGCCAAGAUAAUCCAUCCACUUGACAGGUGUGGCAUAUCAAGAUGCAGAUUAAACAGCAUGAUCAAUACACAGGUGUACCAUGUGCUGGGGACAAUAAAAGGCCAUUCUAAAAUGUGCAGUAUUGUCACACAACACAAUCCCACAGAUGCCUCAAGUUUUGAUGGUGCAUGCAAUUGGCAUGCUGACUGCAGGAAUGUCCACCAGAGCUGUUGCCAGAUAUUUGAAUGUUCAUUUCUCUACUAUAAGCCGCCUCCAACGUCCUUUUAGAGAAUUUGGCAGUACGCCCAUCCGGCCUCACAACUGCAGACCACGUGUAACCAUGCCAGCCCAUGACCUCCACAUCUGGCUUCUUCACUUGCGGGAUCAGUCCAGCCACCCGGACAGCUGAUGAAACUGUGGGCUUGCACAACCAAAUAAUUUCUGUACAAACUGUCAAACUCAUAUGCGUGGGCGUCAACCUCACCAGGGUCUUGACCUGACAGCAGUUCGUCAUCGUAACCGACUUCAGUGGUCAAAUGCUCACCUUCGAUGGCCACUGGCACACUGGUUUCAACUGUACCGGGAAGAUGGCAAAUGGUGUGUAUGGCGUCGUGUGGGCGAGCAGUUUGCUGAUGUCAACGUUGUGAACAGAGUGCCCCAUGGUGGCGGUGGGGUUAUGGUUUGGGCAGGCAUAAGCUACGUACAACUAACACAAUUGCAUUUUAUCAAUGGCAAUUUGAAUGCACAGAGAUACCGUUACAAGAUCCUGAGGCCCAUUGUCAUGCCAUUCAUCCGCCGCCAUCACCUCAUGUUUCAGCAUGAUAAUGCACGGCACCAUGAUGCAAGGAUCUGUACACAAUUCCUGGAAGCUGAAAAUGUCCCAGUUCUUCCAUGGCCUGCAUACUCACCAGACAUGUCACCCAUUGAGCAUGUUUGGGAUGCUCUGGAUCGACGGGUACGACAGCGUGUUCCAGUUCCCGCCAAUAUCCAGCUACUUCGCACAGCCAUUGAAGAGGAGUGGGACAACAUUCCACAAGCCACAAUCAACAGCCUGAUGCGAAGGAGAUGAGGCAAAUGGUGGUCACACCAGAUACUGACUAGUUUUCUGAUCCACGCCCCUACCUUUGACCAACAGAUGCGUAUCUGUAUUCCCAGUCAUGUAAAAUCCAUAGAUUAGGGCCUAAUGAAUUUAUUUAAAUUGACUGAUUUACUUAUAUGAACUGUAACGGGCGGCAGGUAGCUUAGUGGUUAAGAGCGUUGUGCCAGUAACCGAAAGGUCGCUGGUUCUAAUCCCUGAGCCGACUAGGUGAAAAAUCUGUCGGUGCCCUUGAGCAAGGCACUUAACCCUAAUUGCUCCUGUAAGUCGCUCUGGAUAAGAGUGUCUGCUAAAUGAAAAAAAAAAAAACUCUGUAAAAUCUUUAGAAUUGUUGCGUUUAUAUUUUGGUUCAGUGUAUUUUCUCUAUUUUCCUUCUUCUCUUUUCUCUCCUCUGACUGCAGGGCCAGUGAUGAUCCAGAGAAGACUAACACCACCUAUGUGGAAGAUUCAUUGCCCACACAAGGUAUGGAGGAUGUACAUUCUACUUCAGUUUAGAUACAGAAUAAGUUUGAUCAAAACCAUAGCAACUGACACCGUUCUCCUUUUAUUUUUUCUUUAUUUGUUACUCCUCUCCUCUCUUCAGACAUCACCAUCCGGUUGGAUGAGUCAGAUGCUCUCUCUGCGUCUAGCUGCCAUGAUGAAGAGACCGACAGGUUCAUGUCCACCUGCUCUACUGGACGCCGCGUCUCCUUCAAUGAGUCAGCGCUCUACGAAAAGGAGAGUCAGACUCAGGACAAAGGACGCAGGUAUAGGACAAUGUUAUUCACAAAAUGGCUGCCGUGUAUCACUCAAGUUGAUGGUGCAACCAUAGAGAUAGAUAGAGGACUCUAGGGCCCAAAAGCCAGUUUUAGCAUGGGCAGUGCAAUUGAGGACUUUCAUCAUUUUGAAGUAGUCAACUGGGUGGGACUUCUAAUGGGUUAAGGAAGGAUCACAUAAUUCCAUCCGGGUCAUCAGGAGGGAUCAGCCGAUGAAUUAUGCUUGUGAGCAAACAUUCCAUAACUGCAGGUGGCAGUAAAUCGGCAACCUUGGCUUCAUACCUGUUCAAACAACUCCAGGUGGCAGUAUGUACCCUUUCAUUUUGUUUAUCAACUCAAGUAGUAGUAGAAGAAAAUGUACUACUUCAAAAUGGAGAUGGCCUCAAUGGCGCUGCCUGUGCGCUCACAGAUGUCAUAAUGGGACAGAUUUAAAAAAGAGUCCUCUAUCAUUCUCUAUGGGUGCAACACAAGUACAGAUUGAUGGUAGAAGUGGAGCGUUGUCUCCAUACAAUGUUAAGGUCUUUGAAGCCAGGUCUUCCUUGAAAAACACAAUCUCUUUAUCUAAUAGGAACUCCUGACUAAAUUAAAGUUAGAUACCAUUUCCUUCCUCUCCUCCUACUCAGGUACACCCUUACAGAAGGGGACUUCCAUCACCUGAAGAAGGCCCGUCUGACCCACCUCCACCUGGCCCUCCCUCCCUCCACCCUAAAGAUCCUCACCAUCAUGGAGUGUGAGUCUACAGAGAGCAGCAGCCUUAACGUCAACAAACCACUUGCUCCCAAACUCCCCCUCUUCCAGGUAAACAAGCCUCUGAGACGUUUACAUUUAGCAAAAAAAAAAAAACCCAGCAUUCAUUGGUUGGGCGCAUUAGAACUUCUGGUGUCUGGGAAGGUAGAUAAAUAGCUAGCUGCUUUAACUACUCAGCCUUGGGAUUGCUUUUCCCUGAUGAUCCUAACUCAACCUUGUGUGUUGUCCCUAGUCUUCUGAGAGGGCUGUGCGCACCUGGUUGGGCCAGAGCUCUAGUGGUGCCCUCCCCGGAGACACCCACCACUACAUUCUACUGGACCCCAGACUCAGCCACAGUCCGCCAAUCCUGUCCCCCCCGACCCCCUGCUCUAGAACCGUGAGUGUUAUACAUGAUUUUAUACACACACUUAAAUCUAGAAUCCUUAAUUGAAACAAUAACAGAAUGUUUUCCCCGCCACUGUUUCGCUAAAACGCUAAGGGAAUGGGGCUGGAUAAAUAUAACCACUCUCAAAUUCAAAGACAGAGCUAUGGAUGCAAGGACUGACCAUCCAUGAUAUUAAAUGUAUAGUUUUAACCAUGUUUUGAGGCUAUACAGUGUUUGAUUACAUUGUUUACAAACAUUUUAGUAAAACAUGCUUAUAUUUGGGGUUCUGGUGGGGUAUUCUUUAAGAGUCAAUGGGUAUGUAGCAACUAAGGAUUCUAGCUUUUUUUAAAAUGGCAAUACAGACUGAUGUAGCGGUAACGAUCCAGAUUCCGGACCACACAUGCCCCUUGCUGAUGGGGGUUUGGGUUCUAUAUCUACAGUAUCUCCCGAUCUCUAGGCCUGCUCAUAUCUGUCCUGUCAAAACCACUAGAAGUCAAAAGUGAUUGGGGGAAAAAAACUUGCCAAUAGUACACAUAAAAUAGGACAGUUUAUAUUUAUAUAAAAUGACUCAUUAGAGAAGGAGAGCUGCAGGAAGUUGGGAGGGGACAUUACUUUCACAGACUGAAAAGUUUCACUAGAGGCUUAGCUACUGCUGCCUGUCUUAAGUAAUAUCUCCUCCAUCCCUCACUCUCCAUCUUUGUCUUCCUCUCUCCUUCUCCCUCUAUCUGCUUUGUCAGGUGGAGGCCGUAGGGGACGGGGCAUGGGUCAGGACGGAAGGAGAGCGAGAGAGUCGGAUGAGAGGGACGAGACGAGUGAGGGGAAUGUCUCCGGUCCCCGGCCACCAGGGUUCUGUUCUGCAGUUUUUCUGCAAACUGAGACGUCAUGCCAGCUUGGAGGGGGCAGGGCCUUACUUCAGGAAGUGGAAGUUUGACAGCAGCCAUCGUGCCGCCAGUCUAGACGCCAAAGGUGAGAGGUCAUGUAGUGAGGCUAGAGGCAUGUGUCUGGUAAUUAUUAAGUUAAACCUUUUGGACUAUUAUGUAUGAACUGCGCUGAAAAUAGAAAUUGAAACUAGAAAGGGAAGUUCAGUAGAACCUUUGUGUGCUUGCUCAGCUGACUGAAAGUAUUCAUAUUAAUGGUAGUGGAAGAAGUUUACAUAGUGAGAUAGUUAGGCCUAUAUCUUUGAGAUAUCUUCCAGUAAAACCAAUGCAAAGUAAAUAUUUGAUGACCAUUGAAACCAAUGUUCCAAUGUUGAUUCAUGCAACUUGAAAUGCUUACAGUAUAAAAAGUAUAGGCUAACAGUUAUCAAAAUGUUUAAUCGAAGCAGCUAAAGUAAGACAAUUUGUAUUUUGGAUGUUUACCUUAAAAGAAGAAAGAGACAAGUUUAACUGCCCUUGUCUUGAAAUUCAAAUGAAUGCACAUGCCUUAUUAUCACCCCUGGAGUCACCAUAACUAUAAUAAUAAUAAUAAUAAUAAUAUGCCAUUUAGCAGACGCUUUUAUCCAAAGCGACUUACAGUCAUGUGCGCAUACAUUUUUACGUAUGGGUGGUCCCGUGGAUCGAACCCACUACCCUGGCGUUACAAGCGCCAUGCUCUACCAACUGAGCUACAGAAGACCACACAUGCAGGUCACCAUAACUACACAUGCAGGCUUGAUGACUUGUCCAUAAGACUCAGUUAACAGUACAGAUCACACAUACUUAGUAAAGUAUGUCACUAGAUGACAUUGGGCUCCAAAAUUAUGUAAACAGCUAGAUAUGACCUAAAACAUUGAAUGACCAAUGUUGCAUACAUUGAUCGCCUCUGCUCUCAGUGCCAAUUACUAAUGAAAUCAUGCAACCGUGCAUUUCUUUGACAGGGUAUCAAAUUGAAUUGGAGAAUAUCCUAUAUAGAAUAACAUAGUAGGCUAUACUGUAGAUUAGCCUAAAAAAUAGCGGCACCUCAUCCUACGGACGGUCGAUUAUCAUUGGAUUUGAUUGCUUUAACUCAUUGUUGUCAGGCUACCAUACAUUGUAUACUGUAGGGCCAUUUUUACAAUAGCACUGUCAUAAAGUGGGAAAGCAGACAGUGGCAGUGGUAAUGAACAAUGCUCCAAAGAUGUCAUUCUAAGAAUAGCCUACAAAAAAGUGUUUCCUAAGCCCGCUAUCAGAAAUUGUUCCUACUGUCCCGUUCAUCCCAUCUAGACUGUUUGGAUCAUUGGAAUGUGCACAUCGCUGUCUUAACAGGUGCAAACAACCACGUUUAUGUAUCCGUUCCACAAUGAUCACGCAAUGUAUUCAUUUUUUUAGGGUGUCCACCCAGGCCCAGGCUCAUUUCCACCGAAAAGUCACUCAGUGCGGUAUUUCUGUAACAAAUCAUCAACAUUAGGCCUAUAUCGGUGCCGCUUACUCGCAUCAACUUUUGGAGAUUUUAUAUUGCAGUGGUCCUCUUUUACGUUUUUUCCCGCAGAUCCCAAAAAGUACAAUUAGGAUGACAGGAGCUGAAAUAUGCAGGCUUUGAACUGUAAAGUAUCGUGGUAGCAUACGCUUGAAGCUCCUUUGAGAUUUCGCAAACCUACACUAGUUUUUUUUGGAAAUCAUCGAAAAGGGACAUUUCACAUUGAAUAUGAAAGCAUACAUCAAAAUAUGAAAAUACUAAAGGCCUAUGUCAUGUAUCAAAAUGGAUAGCUUCUUACCUCAAUGUUGUUAGCCUGACAUUUAAUCCUAGUAAAAAUUCCCUGUUUUAGGUCAGUUAGGAUCACCACUUUAUUUUAAGAAUGUGAAAUGUCAGAAUAAUAGUAGAGAGAAUGAUUCAUUUCAGCUUUUAUUUAUUUAAUCACAUUCCCAGUGGGUCAGAAGUUUACAUACAAUAAAGUAGUAUUCGGUAGCAUUGCCUUUAAAUUGUUUAACUUGGGUCAAACGUUUCGGGUAGCCUUCCACAAGCUUCCCACAAUAAGUUGGGUGAAUUUUGGCCCAUUCCUCCUGACAGAGCUGGUGUAACUGAGUCAGGUUUGUAGGCCUCCUUGCUCGCACACGCUUUUUCAGUUCUGCCCACACAUUUUCUAUAGAAUUGAGGUCAGGGCUUUGUAAUGGCCACUCCAAUACCUUAACUUUGUUGUCCUUAAGCCAGUUUGCCACAACUUUGGAAGUACAGUGGGGAGAACAAGUAUUUGAUACACUGCCGAUUUUGCAGGUUUUCCUACUUACAAAGCAUGUAGAGGUCUGUAAUUUUUAUCAUAGGUACACUUCAACUGUGAGAGACGGAAUCCAGAAAAUCACAUUGUAUGAUUUUUAAGUAACUAAUUUGCAUUUUAUUGCAUGACAUAAGUAUUUGAUCACAUACCAACCAGCAAGAAUUCCGGCUCUCACAGACCUGUUAGUUUUUCUUUAAGAAGCCCUCCUGUUCUCCACUCAUUACCUGUAUUAACUGCACAUGUUUGAACUCGUUACCUGUAUAAAAGACACCUGUCCACACACUAAAUCAAACAGCCUCCAACCACUCCACAAUGGCCAAGACCAGAGAGCUGUGUAAGGACAUCAGGGAUAAAAUUGUAGACCUGCACAAGGCUGGGAUGGGCUACAGGACAAUAGGCAAGCAGCUUGGUGAGAAGGCAACAACUGUUGGCGCAGUUAUUAGAAAAUGGAAGAAGUUCAAGAUGACGGUCAAUCACCCUCGGUCUGGGGCUCCAUGCAAGAUCUCACCUCGUGGGGCAUCAAUGAUCAUGAGGAAGGUGAGGGAUCAGCCCAGAACUACACGGCAGGACCUGGUCAAUGACCUGAAGAGAGCUGGGACCACAGUCUCAAAGAAAACCAUUAGUAACACACUACGCCGUCAUGGAUUAAAAUCCUGCAGCUCACGCAAGGUCCCCCUGCUCAAGUCAGCGCAUGUCCAGGCCCGUCUGAAGUUUGCCAAUGACCAUCUGGAUGAUCCAGAGGAGGAAUGGGAGAAGGUCAUGUGGUCUGAUGAGACAAAAAUAGAGCUUUUUGUUCUAAACUCCACUCGCUGUGUUUGGAGGAAGAAGAAGGAUGAGUACAACCCCAAGAACACCAUCCCAACCGUGAAGCAUGGAGGUGGAAACAUCAUUCUUUGGGGAUGCUUUUCUGCAAAGGGGACAGGACGACUGCACCGUAUUGAGGGGAGGAUGGAUGGGGCCAUGUAUCGCGAGUUCUUGGCCAACAACCUCCUUCCCUCAGUAAGAGCAUUGAAGAUGGGUCGUGGCUGGGUCUUCCAGCAUGACAACGACCCAAAACACACAGCCAGGGCAACUAAGGAGUGGCUCCGUAAGCAGCAUCUCAAGGUCCUGGAGUGGCCUAGCUAGUCUGCAGACCUGAACCCAAUAGAAAAUCUUUGGAGGGAGCUGAAAGUCCGUAUUGCCCAGCGACAGCCCCGAAACCUGAAGGAUCUGGAGAAGGUCUGUAUGGAGGAGUGGGCCAAAAACCCUGCUGCAGUGUGUGCAAACCUGGUCAAGACCUACAGGAAACGUAUGAUCUCUGUAAUUGCAAACAAAGGUUUCUGUACCAAAUAUUAAGUUCUGCUUUUCUGAUGUAUCAAAUACUUAUGUCAUGCAAUAAAAUGCAAAUUAAUUACUUAAAAAUCAUACAAUGUGAUUUUCUGGAUUUUUGUUUAGAUUCUGUCUCUCACAGUUGAAGUGUACCUGUGAUAAAUUACAGAGCUCUACAUGCUUUGUAAGUAGGAAAACCUGCAAAAUCGGCAGUGUAUCAAAUACUUGUUCUCCCCACUGUACCUGUAAUGAUUAGAGAAGAUCUUAUGUCAAGUGUUAUUGAAAUGUUGUGGUUGCAGGUUCACCUGGCACAUCUAAAGGCUUUUCUUUUGGGGCGUUGCUAUAGGCCACUAAUUGCUAAUUGCAUCUAAAUAAUAUGUGUGAAAUGCUGGAUAGUGUAUGUGAUGUAAACAGAGAGGUCUACUUUCUUGGGGACCUGAAUAUUGACUGGUUUUCAUCAAGCUGUCCGCUCAAGAGGAAGCUUCUCACUGUAACCAGUGCCUGUAAUCUGGUUCAGAUUAUUAAUCGACCUACCAGGGUGUUUACAAACACUACAGGAACAAGAUCAUCCACAUAUAUUGAUCACAUUUCUACUAAUACUGUAGAACUUUGUUCUAAAGCUGUAUCCAUACCCAUUGGAUGCAGUGAUCACAAUAUAGUGGCUAUAGCCUAAAAUAGUGUAUAAGAGAUCAUACAAGAGAUUUUGCUGUGACUGUUAUGUGGAUGAUGUUAAAAAUAUUUGUUGGUCUGAUGUGAUUAAUAAGGAGCAUCCAGACACUGCACUUGAUGAAUUUAUGAAAUUGCUUCUUCCAAUUAUUGAUAAACAUGCACCUGUUAAGAAACUGACUGUUAGAACUGUUAAGGCUCCAUGGAUUGAUGAGGAAUUGAAAAACUGUAUGGUUGAAAGAGAUGGGAGCAAAAGGAGUGGCUAAUAAGUCUGGCUGCACAUCUGACUGGCUGACUUACUGCAAAUUGAGAAAUUAUGUGACUAAACUCAACAAAAAGAAGAAGAAACUGUAUUAUGAAGCCAAGAUCAAUUAUAUAAAGAAUGAUGAAAAAAAUAAAAAAAUAAUGAAAUGAUGGGCAGAAAGACAAAUUCAACUCCAUCUUUCAUCGAAUCACCUUUGAUUUUGACAAUUAUUUUCAUGAUUACUUCAUUUUCAAUGUGGGCAAACGUAGGCAGUAAAUUCAAACAACAAACAGUGAGCGUCAUAUAAAAAUUUAGAAAAAGUAUAAAAAAAGAAAUAAUAACGAGAAAAAGCAUUGCAAGUUUGAAUUUUGUAAAGUUAGUGUGGGAGAGGUGGAACAAUUAUUGUUAUCGAUCAAUAAUGACAAACCUGGCAUUGACAACUUAGAUGGAAAGCUACUGAGGAUGGUAGCUGACUCUAUAGGCACUCCUAUCUGUCAUAUCUUUAAUCUGAGCCUAGAGGAAAGGCUUUCUCCUCAGGCCUGGAGGGAAGCCAAAGUCAUUCCUGUACCCAAAGUGGCUUUUACCUGGUUCUAACAGCAGACCUAUCAGCUUGCUGCCAGCUCUUAUAAAACUGUUGGAAAAAAUGGUGUUUGACCAAAUACAAUGCUACUUCUCUGUACACAAAUUAACAACAUGCUUUCAGCAUGCUUAUAGAGAAGGGCACUCAACAUGUACCGUACUGACACAAAUUACUGAUGAUUGGUUGAAAGAAAUUGAUAAAAGAAGAUUGUGGGAGCUGUACUGUUAGAUUUCAGUGCAGCCUUUGAUAUUAUUGACCAUAACCUGUUGUUGAGAAAACGUACAGUACAAGACAAUGACCCAACACACCUCCAGGCUGUGUAAGGGCUAUUUGACCAAGAAGGAGGGUGAUCGAGUGCUGCAUCAGAUGACCUGGCCUCCACAAUCACCCUACCUCAACCCAAUUGAGAUGGUUUGGGAUGAGUUGGACUGCAGAGGGAAGGAAAGGCAGCCAACAAGUGCUCAGCAUAUGUGGGAACUCCUUCAAGACUGUUGGAAAAGCAUUCCAGGUGAAGCUGGUUGAGAGAAUGCCAAGAGUCUCUAAUGUCAAACAUGUAAAGUGUGGUGUACCGCAGGGCAGCUCUCUAGGCCCUAUACUUUUUUUCUACUUUUACCAAUGACCUGCCACUGGCAUUAAACAAAGCAUGUGUGUCCAUGUAUAUUGAUGAUUCAACCAUAUCAGCAACCACAGCCAAUGAAGUCACUGAAACCCUUAACAAAGAGUUUGGAAUGGGUGGCCAGGAAUAAACUGGUCCUGAACAUCUCUAAAACUAAGCGCAUUGUAUUUGGUACAAACCAUUCCCGAAGUUCUAGACCUCAGCUGAAUCUGGUAAUGAAUGGUGUGGCUGUUGAACAAGUUGAGGAGACUAAAUUACUUGGUGUUACCUUAGAUUGUAAACUGUCAUGGUCAAAACAUAUAGAUUUGAUGGUUGGAAAGAUGGGGAGAGGUCUAUCCAUAAUAACGAGAUUUCUCUGCUUUUUUGACACAACACUCUAUAAAGCAUGUCCUGCAGGCUCUAGUUUUAUUUUAUCUUGAUUAUUGUCCAGUCAUAUGGUCAAGUGCUGCAAAGAAAGACCUAGUUAAGAUGCAGCUGGCCCAGAACAGAGUGUCCCGUCUUGCUCUUCAUUGUAAUCAGAGGGCUAAUAUUAAUACUAUGCAUGCCAGCCUCUCUUGGCUAAGAGGUGAGCAAAGACUGACUGCGUCACUUCUUGUUUUUAUAAGAAAUGUGAAUGUUUUGGAAAUUCCAAAUUGUUUGCAUAGUGAACUUGCACACAUACUUACCCCACCAGACAUGCCACAAGAGAUCUUUUCACAGUCCCCAGGUCCAGAACAAAUUCAAGGACACGUACAGUAUUAUACAGAGCCAUGAGUCCGUGGAACUCUCUUCCAACUAAUAUAGCGCAAGUGAACAGUAAAGUUUCAAAAAACGAAUAAAGCAUCACCUCACGGCACAACACCUCUCCCCCAUGUGACCUACUUGGUAUGUGUAUGUACUGACAUGUAUGUGUAACUGAUAGAUGCACACACACACUACAUGUUAAUGUUUUUAAAUGUGUGUAAAUUGUAAGGUAUUUUGUCUGUAAUGUAUUUUUUGUUUAAUGUCCGACCCCAGUAAGACUAGCUGUCGCCACUGGCGUCGGCUAAUUGGGAUCCUAAUAAAUCAAAUCAAAUCAAAUGUUAUUUUUCACAUGCGCUGAAAACAACAGGUGUAGACCUUACAGUGAAAUGCUUACUUACAAGCCCUUAACCAACAAUGCAGUUUUAAGAAAAAUAAGAGUUAUGAAUAAAAAAAAAGUAAACUAAAGUUAAAAAAUACAAAAGCAACAAUAAAAUAAUAAUGAGGAGGCUAUAUACAGGGGGUACCGUUACCAAGUCAUUGUGCGGGGUACUGGUUAGUCUAGGUAAUAUGUACAGUACCAGUCAAAGGUUUGGACACACCUACUCAUUCAAAAAAAGUAUUAUUAUUUAUUUUCUAUUUUCUACAUUGUAGAAUAAUAGUGAAGAAAACAAAACUAUGAAAUAACACAUGGAAUCAUGUAGUAACCAAAAAAGUGUUAAACAAAUCAAUAUAUAUUUUAUAUUUGAGAUUCUUCAAAUAGCCACCCUUUGCCUUGAUGACUCCUGUAGUCCACGAUCAUCUCCUUUGUCUUGAUCACGUUGAGGGAGAGAUUGUAGGCCGUGUAGCCAUUUGAUUAGCUAUUUACCAGUAUUGUUGAACAGUCUUAUGGCUUAGGGGUAGAAGCUGUUCAGGGUCCUGUUGGUUCCAGACUUGGUGCACUGGUACCGCUUGCCGUGUGGUAGUAGAGAGAACAGUCUAUGGCUUGGGUGGCUGGAGACUUUGACGAUUGUUUGGGCCUUCCUCUGACACUGCCUAGUAUAUAGGUCCUGGAUGGCAGGGAGUUCGGCCCCAGUGAUGUACUGGGCCGUACUCACCACCCUCUGUAGCGUCUUCUGGUCGGGUGCCUUGCAGUUGACGUACCAAGCGGUGAUGUAGCCAGUCAAGAUGCUCUCAGUGGUGCAGCUGUAUAACUUUUUGAGGAUCUGAGUGCCCAUGCCAAAUCUUUUCAGCCUCCUGAGGGGGAAGAGGCGCUGUCGAUCCCUCUUCACAACUGUGUGGGUGUGUGUGGACCAUGUUAAUUCCUUAGUGAUGUGGAAGCUCUAGACCCGCUCCACUACAUUCCCAUCGAUGUGGAUAGGGGCGUGCUCGCCCCUCCGUUUCCUGUAGUCCACAAUCAGCUCCUUUGUCUUGCUGAUGUUGAGGGAGAGGUUGUUGUCCUGGCACCACACUGCCAGGUCUCUGACCCUUCUCCCUAUAGGCUGCCUCAUCGUUGUCGGUGAUCAGUCCUACCACCAUCAGCAAACUUGAUGAUGGUGUUGGAGUCGUGCGCGGUUGUCGUGAACAGGGGGUACAGGAGGGGACUAAGCACACACCCCUGAGGGGCCCCCAUGUUGAUGGUCACCGUGGCGGAUGUGUUGUUGCCUACCCUCACAGCCUGGAGGCGGCCCGUCAGGAAGUCCAAGAUCCAGUUGCAGAGGGAGGUGUUCAGUCCCAGGGUUCCGAGCUAGGUGAUGAGCUUGGAGGGGACUAUGGUGUUCAAUGCUGAGCUGUAGUCAAUCAACAGCAUUAUUACAUAGGUAUUCCUUUUGUCCAGGUGGGUGAGCGCAGUGUGAAGUGCAAUAGAGAUUGCGUCAUCUGCAAAUUGGAGUGCGUCCAGGGUGUCUGGGAUGAUGGUGUUGAUGUGAGCCAUGACCAGCCUUUCAAAGCAUUUCAUGGCUAUAGAUGUGAGUGCUACGGGGCAAUAGUCAUUUAGGCAGGUUACCAUAGCGUUCUUGGGCAUGGGUACUAUGGUGGUCUGCUUGAAACAAGUUGGUAUUACAGACUGGGUCAGGGAUAGGUUAAAAAUGUCAGUGAAGACACUUGCCUGCUGGUCAGUGCAUGCUCUGAGUAUGCAUCCUGGUAUUCCAUGUAGCCUAGGCAACUGUUGGACUACACCAAUAUGGCAGGUAGGCCUAAUCGUGGUUAUGACAGGGGGUUGUGAACAAUAAUGGAUAGUCUAUUUAUUUAAUUGAUGCAAAUUAAAACAUUAGAAAAGUCGUGACAGGUUCAUUAAAGCGUUACAGUGCUUGGAGACUCACAGGUUGAAUUUGGCGCCACCGUAGGCUUGUCGAGUGGUUAGAUUAUGAUAUCAUAGACACUUCAGCUUGUGGUUAAAUUCGUUGCCUACAACUGUGUAAUUAUGGUCAUUUUAUAUGUCAAAAUAAUUAACAAUAUUCCAACAUUCGCAAUGAAAUCCUGAUUGGCAAGGACAAUGGACAUCUUAAUGUCAGUAGUGUAGCCAGAAUUUUUUUCUGGAAAAUUGGGUGGGCUAGAACUGAAGCACUUCAACUAAUACACACUCUAAAAUUAUCAUUUUGCAUGAUGACACAGACUUCUGUACCCGAACGCAUAGCCUACACAACACACAGCCGACACAACCUUAUGGUCAGUAGUUGUGUGGUCUGUAGUUGUGUGGUCAGUAGUUUUGGUCAGUAGUUUUGGUCAGUAGUUGUGUGGUUCAAUAGUUGUGGUUGUGGUCAGUAGUUGUAGUCAGUAGUUGUGGUCAGUAGUUGUGUGGUUCAAUAGUUGUGGUUGUGGUCAGUAGUUGUAGUCAGUAGUUGUGGUCAGUAGUUGUAGUUGUGGUCAGUAGUUUGUCAGUAGUGUUGAGGUCAGUAGUUUUGGUCAGUAGUUGUGUAGUUGGGGUUUGUAGUUGUGGUCAGUAGUUGUUUGGUUGUGGUCAGUAGUUGUGGUUAGUAAUUGUGUGGUCAGUAGUUGUGUGGUUGUGUUCAGUAGUUAUGGUGAGUAGUUGUGUUGUUGUGAUCAGUAGGUGUGGUCAGUAGUUGUAUGGUCAUAAGUUGUGUGGUUGUGGUCAGUAGUUGUGUGUUUGUGGCCAGUAGUUGUGUGGUUCAAUAGUUGUGUGGUCAGUAGGUGUGGUUGUAGUCAGUAGUUGUGGUCAGUAGUUGUAGUCAGUAGUUGUGGUCAGUAGUUUGUCAGUAGUUGAGGUCAGUAGUGUUGAGGUCAGUAGUUUUGGUCAGUAGUUGUGUAGUUGGGGUUUGUAGUUGUGGUCAGUAGUUGUUUGGUUGUGGUCAGUAGUUGUGGUUAGUAAUUGUGUGGUCAGUAGUUGUGUGGUUGUGUUCAGUAGUUAUGGUGAGUAGUUGUGUUGUUGUGAUCAGUAGGUGUGGUCAGUAGUUGUAUGGUCAUAAGUUGUGUGGUUGUGGUCAGUAGUUGUGUGUUUGUGGCCAGUAGUUGUGUGGUUCAAUAGUUGUGUGGUCAGUAGGUGUGGUUGUGGUCAGUAGUUGUGGUCAGUAGUUUUCUUUAAAAGACAGAGCUAGCUAGCUAGCUAGCUAGAGACAUAAGAAAAUUGCUAACCAGCUAGCUAAAACAUAUUGGUCAAGCACUUAAAUUUUUUUUGCUGCAUUUUCCAACAUGUUAGGUGCAUAAUCCUAACAGGGUGGAACCUAACAUGGUGGAUAUUUGGAGCCUGAAUUAGGCAUAGCUCUGUGAGUGAGUAAGAUUGAGCUAGCAUAAUGGUGAACGCUUGAACAGGAUUUUAACUUCUCUAUCAAACAUAUUUUAACAUUUUGAAAUAAUCUAUCAUCUUUAUAAUCUAGGCUAACAGAAUAGAAAUGUAUGAGUGGGAGAUACGGCAUUAUAACAUGGAAAAAUAGAUACAACUGAGUGUUUAUAUUUAUUUAACUUUGCGCCGUUGUUUUCCCACCAAAGAAAUUAUGACACUUUCUGAAUGUGGUUUUAUUGUAGGAAGGGGUUGUUUUCUUAAAGGGUAAUUACAACAAAUGAACAGGGUGGAAAGUCAUAUCAGACAGGGACGGCUUGUUCAAUAGGGCGAUAUGGGCGACGCACUGCCAAACGGGAAAAGGAAGGGAUUUUUUUUCUAAUCAAUUAUAUCACGGCAACAGUAGUUAUCAGUGUUCACGUCUGAUCUGCCAGCCACUAAAUGUCAAAUCAGGCUAAAGUCGUGCUUCAAAUGGCCCCGCCCGUUUUUGGGGCGAUUUCAGUCAAGUUGAAAAUCGCCCAGAAGUCUCUCAUAGCCUGUCAUGUAAAAUCUAUUUUUUUCAAAUUUCAAAGCUUUCAAUACAUUCUCUAUGGGUGUCUGUGGGCUUGCACUUACGCGCUUUCGUCAUACGUGACGUAACCAUGAACGUAACUAAGACAAUAGCGGCUAGCAGCGUCUCUGUUGCGACCUGCAGUGUGGCGUUAUUUUAUGUUUUUAAUUUGUAGACUUAGUUUACAAACAUUCUGCCAACCAUGGAUUUCCAGUGGUUGGUUUUGGACUGAUCUUGUUGAUCGUGUACAUACCCGCUACGAACGGACUAAAUAAUGAAAACGCUGCUGGCAGCGGAAUCCCAAUACAGCUGGGAGACUUGGCUGGAUGACAGAGUCCCGGACAGAGAAGUGGUGCCGGCCGGCUUCACCCUGGUCAGAGCGGACCGCGAUCCUGGUAAGAGAGCGACUCUGUACCCCGACAUUGAACUGCUUUUGUUGAUAAAACAAGUUUACUGGAGAACUGAGACCAAGUAGAGACUUUGGACAGGGUGGAUAAUGGUAUAAUAUAGGCAGUUUAUUCAGAGGUAAAGAUAUCUGGAAUAGCGUGCACGGACCCGUUCGUCAAACUCGUAGGGAGUUUAUCAGAAGAGAGCCCCGAAACAUUGUGUGCUGACAUUUUAUACAAUAAAAUGAAGUAGGUUGAAUCUAGUAGUUCUGAUCUUCUGAUUGGUCCUGAUGAGUUGGGCGACGUCCCCUCCAGGUUAGUAUCACUGUUGCAUUGGCUCUGAGUCGGGUUCUCUGUCUUCAGAUGUUCAGCCUAAGAGAAGGGGAUUUUUGUGUGUGUGUGUGUGUUUAACAGUGAUGAUGAUGUGUGUGUGUGUGUGUGUGUGUGUGUGUUUAUCAGUGAUGAUGUGUGUGUGUGUGUGUGUGUGUGUCCUCAGAGCAAGAACUCGUGAGUUGGAAGAACUGAGAGACCUAUGGCGUGGGUGUUGUCCUUAGCCACCUGCUGACAAGGCUGACAAGAUAGGACUCUUUUGUCCAUUGUUAUAGGAUAGGAACAGCAUUGAUUGAAAACAAACGCCCAACACAAAAUGGGUCAUGCACAAGAUUUUAGUCAGACCAAGCUAUAACAUUAUAUAUUUACUACGACAGUACAUUCAACCAAAAGCUAAUAUAACAAAGGCAUCAGAGAUUAUUUAUAAUCUGUCACAGAAACUGGAAUCCAUCUCCCCAGAUCAGUCAAUAAAUGCUUCUGGUAUUGACUUAUAUGCUGCCCCUGUCUUCAUGUUGUUGCUGGACAUAUCUUUUUUAAAAUGUGUGUAGGUCACCUAAAUCAUCAGAAAAAUUGCCCCUCCUGAGAAUUUUUUCAGGAGCCGCCACUGAUAUCAGAGGGUGUUUUUUUGUGAACUCAGUGUGGUUCGCUUAAUUUUUUGUGCAGCAUGAACACUCAAAAGAGCCCCUGAGGCAAACCGAACUGAGACCAUCUCGAGAGAUGGUCUGAGUUUAGUUCGCUUGAAUUUCGCAGUCCGGUUCCCUUUUUUAGGGCAAUGUGAACGCAAAGCUCCCCAGGUUCACUUGUCAUUUUUCCCACACCACACGCUAAAUUACUCCAACACCGUUUCCCGUGCCAUAACCCCUCACAUUGGUGCCACGAAAGAGAGAAGAUGAUGAUGUGCAGGGGUGUAUUCAUUACGCCAAUUAUUUUGCAAAACGUUUCUUAAACGGAAGCAUACAGAGCGAAAUGGGUAAGAACCUACUUGAAUUUGUCCAAUAUAAACUCUUGUUUUAGUUGACUGUUUGGCUAAUAAUAACAUCCCAGGGUCACAGAAAAAAAAUUAUGCUGUUUUUGGACAGAUUAUUUGUUUGCAAUAUGGGAUCUAUAGGCUAAGAGAGCUUCAUAAACUGUUUAUUUGAUUAUUGGGUUUGAACAGUGUGAGAAAACUACAACAUAUUUGGUGAGAAUCACAACAUAGGGUGCAAAAUCAAUUAUAUCUCAAAGGGGCAGUAGCCUACAUUGGGUGUAUAAUUUUAAAUUACAGCAUUAUUUAAUCUGCAUGUAUUCUUCUGCUAUUUAUUCUGUUACCAAUAAUAUUUACAUGUUAAUAGUAUUUUCUGGUUACAAUUAUUAUGUCUCAUCUUUUAACUAAACACAUUGGCCAUGAGACACACAUUUCACCCUCUUCUCACCCUCACACACCACACUUCUUAUAUCUCACGCAUUGAAAAGUACUGCUUUUAUUUUUCCAAUUAGUCCAUUAGCCUUUUGACAGCAUGUACUAAAGUCGAUUUAAUCCACACUUGCAUUAGUCCCCUUGUAAGGUGAUUGGAAUUUAGGCUGUGACAACGAAAAGGCAGCAGACAGACAGACCUAUGUUUUAGCAGGGAAGUUUGGUAGGGUGACCUGAUUAGGAACUAUGAAAAGAGGGUGGAAUAUAAAUAAAUAAAUAUUUAGGUUAGUGUAGGGACAUAUUUAUGUAAUUUUGUCUUCAGAAGUUUGUAUUAGCUAUUUACUUUAUUUAGUCUGAUCAGUGGAACAAUUGUCAUUCUUAACAAUGGGCUAAAAUAUAGGAUAAUUAGUGUGCUUAGCAGCAAGAACACUACUGUUAUUCCCCAUACUUCUUUUAUUAUUACACUUCUUCCCAAUUUUGCCAGUGUCAUCAUAUAUUUGAAAUCUGAUAUGCAUACUUGUGUCUUUGAAAAUGAAUUAUGAGGCUAUGUAUUUUUACAGCCAUUCAUGGACAGUUUUGAAUAAGUCAUUCAAAUAAGCAUUUGAUAUUGAAUGCUCCAGGCCUCAAAUAUAAUUUUUGACAUUUUAAUAUUGUGCACAUGCUAGGCAGAGAUGGUAGGGGGACUAACAACUCAUAAACACAUCGUAUUUAUGUAGCGUAAGAUGAUGGCAAGGAUCUUCAACUAGUAGGCAUAAACCACAUUUAAUAUUGAUAUUCAUUAGAUUUUUCUUGAAGGUUGGGUGAUUUUGAGAAAUUAAUUGUUAUAACAAGAACAUUUUCAAACUCCCAGCACUUGAGAAACAUAGAUCAACCCCCCUGUAGAGCAAGCAGGAUUUUCUUCCAGCCUAUUCUAAAGAGAGAGUUCACCCAAAAUACAAGGUGUUUGGUUCCUUACCUUGAAAGUAGUCUAUGGACAAGGAGACUGCAAUCUAUGAUUUGGUUACCCACUGCCAUCAACCAUUAAUAUGAGUAUUUCCUGUUCAGAGCCUUGGUUUAGUGGUAACACUCCCCGGCACAUGUCACAUACAGCUUUCCACCUGAGAACAGGGAUCAAUCCCUGCUUCCAACCUUCCCACUGUUUCUCCCAUUUGCCGGUCUCCCCAUCUCAGUUCAUUACUGUCUGAAUACAGUGUCAAACCACCUUAAAAAUCUCAAAGUAACAAUGUUGUCAAAUUUAGAGUGUUCAUUUAAUUAUAAUAAUAAAUGUUUUACCCUGGUUCUGCCAAGGAGCAAUUCAAUUCACAUAGCAAAUCUCACUCCAAGCUUUCUUCAAAAGUUGGCAGCCCUGGUGUAUCUAGCUGUCUGAUAACACAUUCUGAUGGAGUGGCUUGUCCUGCCUGCACUUUGUAAAAACCCAGAGUGCAUUGAGUGAAUGUUAGAAAAAUAUCUUGGUUCCUUUCUAAACAUAGCAAUGUGAAUGAAAAAAGGACUCGGACCACAAAAUAGGUGAAGUGAACUGGCAAAAGAGUUGAGUCCUCAUUCAAAGGCAAAGGCAGUGUGAAUAUAAAGAAAACUUGGCUCUUUUGCUGAGUUUUUUUUCCCCAGAGUUCACUUUAAUGAGGACUGGGAUCGGUUCUUUUAAAGAGGACUAUAUGUGAAAACACCCAGAAACACCCAGAAAAUCUUAAAUAAAAUUAUUAUAAAUACAAUAAACAUGAAAAAAACUUUAUUGAUGAGAGAGAAUUUAGGACUAUAAAAUAAUAAAGAAAGAUGUUUAUUUUAUUUUUAUGGCUUAUAUUUCUCGUGGAAGUUGAUGAAUAACACCUGGGGACAUGGCAGACAUACAUCCACUGAAAAGGCACCGCAAUGUAGGAAUGACCCAGCUAGCUACUUCUGCUUUAGCACUAGUAAUAUCUUCUAAAUGGCUAUUUUAUCAGUGAAAAAUAUUUUUAUAUUAGGAAACAUCAGGUAUUGAAUUUACAAGUGUUAUUUUGACAACAUUUCUUAUUCAGGUUAGCUAUACAAUGAGUUACUUGUUCAUAUAAAACUGGUUGCUGGGUUGCUAGGCAAUUCAGUUUUGUUCUGAAACACCAUGUUAUAGGGGAAGUUCACCCAUUUUUACAUGACAUUAUGUUUACUCUUUCUGUGCUUGUAGUUGAUCUCCCAAACUAUUUUUUAAAAAUGUGUUUCGCUACAGAGAGUCACUUGCCAUAGGCUACAAUGCAUUAUGAAAAUGUGUCUAAGCGUGUUAUAAAAUGCUCCAAAAGACUCCAAACCAACUCAUAUUGCGUCAGAAUCUCAUUCUGGAUGAAGUCUCUGCAAUAAUAACAUGUUUUUAUGGUCCACUGCACUAUAAAUCCAUAUUUGCAUAUUUUUGUUGUUGUAAAUGGCAUCAUUCAAACAUGGAUUUACAUGUUUGAGUGUGUAUCUUAAAAGGUGUAUGGACACCAGUGUUCCCAAAAUGUCAUAUUUUGGUCACCAUAGACCAUUUUUAAGUGAUUAAAUUUUUUAAAGUAUGAUGAGUAGCCUCCCCCAAAAAUGUAAGCAACUCAAGUUUGACCUCUGCACAUUAUAAAGUUGAAAUGGUAUGUUUCACAUAAAAGCUGUAGGAGGAAUAGUGGUGGGAAUAUUAAUAAGUAAUUGAAGUAUGACGAAGUGUGUUGCUUCGCAAUCACACAAAAAAAUGGAGAAGAAUAACACUGGUUGUGUGUGUGUGUGUGUGUGUGUGUAUAUAUGUUUCCCUCAGGCUCUCCUAAGAGGCGUCCGUUCCAGAGACAGAGAGCAGCCAGUGAUAACACCGACCCAACUGAAGAGGACUCACCCCCUCCUCACCCUUCACCCCCUCUUCGACAUGACAUCACCCAGCCCCUCCCCCCCACACACAACCAGACCAGCAGCCUCCAGCAUCUCUCUGCGCGGUCGCUAUCUCCCUCCACCUGCCCACCCUCACUCUCCCUCGGCAGGUACCAUUCACAGACUCUUACUUCUAACAAACAGUGGGCUGGACCAUUAAAUCUGAAUGGUGUUGUUCGAUGGUGAAUCUACCCGACGUCUCUCUCUGUCUCUGUCUCUCUACAGGUUAGAGGGGGUGGUGGUGGUGGAGGCUGCCAGCAGAGGCAGGAGAGGGAGAGACGUGACUCACCCACCACCAGAGCCCCCUGACGCUGAGGGGAGAGAGCAGGAGCCUGGGGAGGCGACAGGGACAGGGUUAUGGAGAGAAGCUGGGACAGGGACAGGGACAGAGACAAGGUCACGGGCAGAAGUUGGGGCAAUGACAAGAACAGAAGCAGGAGAGGUCAAAGUAUGGGUUGGGUCAGGAGAAGAGUCAGAUGAAGAUGAAGGGGAAGAUAUUCUAGGGACAGAACAAAGGGUGGGUAUCGGAGCAGAGAUAAUGGUAUGGGAAGGUCUGGGUACAGACGAAGCCCAAGAGGGAGAAGAAAGGUUCCAGGCAGAGCAAGAAGCUGAAGCAAGGAUAAAGGCAAGGACUGCGGGUGGAUUGGGGGCCACUUCAAAGGCAGAAGCAGGAAUGGGUGGAAGAGCCAAGACUGGUGUAAGAGCCAAGACAGGUGUAGGGGCUGUUCUGGGAACAGAAAAAGAGCCAGAGACAGGAGCCAUGUUUGAGUCAGUGAUAGAGGUGGGGGCCACACCAGGGGCUGAAUUAGAAGUUGAGGUAGGGCUAGGGGCAUCAGGGAUGAGGAUAGAGACAGAUUUAGAAUCAGGGUUAGAAGGGGUGCUAGGUGCUGGAGCAGGAAUAGGUGCAGAUCCAGGGCCUCGAUCAACGUCUGGGUCUGCGGUGUGUAUCAGUCGACAGGAGAGCUCUGAGACCCAGCCCUCCCUGUACAGAGACAUUUGGAGCCUACGAGCCUCUCUGGAGCAGUAUGCCUCCUCAGACCAGAGCAGCACGGACAGAGAGUCAAUACGCAGCGACGUCGACAGCGUGUGUUCGGUAGGAGGGGCAGCAGGCCGGUCCGGCUUCGCUGCCUGCCUCUCCCAGGAUCUUGGCGAUGAACUGGAGGGAGAAUGGGAGUAUGGGGACACAGAAAGGGAGGGGGGAGACAGAGGACAGAAGGAGAUGGAGGGGGAAGCGGAAUACAGGGACACUGGAAGAAAGAUGGGUCACAGGGGGGUUCAGAGGAGAGAUAGCGAGGGGGGAGGAGGUAUGGGAGGAGAAGGGGGAGUAGGAGGAGAGACUGAGGCAGGGAGCCGGAAGCUUCUGCAGAUGGACAGCGGGUACACGUCCAUUGAGGCUCCAAUACGGGCCCCUGAGGAGCUCAGGCUGUUUGGGGCCCCUGGAGGCCCCCGGGGGAAGACGGUGUCAGAGAAAAGGCUCUUCUUCACUAGCUCUGGGAGGAAGGGCUCUGUGUGUGAGAGCUUCGAGGUCAAGGUGCUCCAAGAGGAGCAGGAGGAUGAGAUGCGAGAGGGUACUGAGGUGGAAGAGAAACCUGUAAAGAGGUCCCCAAUGUCCCCUAAUGGAGUAAAGACGCUUACCCUCAAAGAACCACCACAAUCACUAUCAGCACUAAAAUUGCUACAACUGCAACAACCGCCGCUACAUUUGCCCCAACCCGUGCCCUCGCCUCGGCCUGUACGCCUAUGUCGACGUGACUACAGCAUCGACGAGAAAACGGAUGCCCUGUUCAAUGAGUUCCUGCGUCAUGAUCCCCGUUUCGACCAGCAGGAGUCACCGCUGCGCUCCCGGCACCGAUCGCGCAAACAGUGGCAUCGCCACAAGCAGUACAGCGACCCGGGGUCUGGGAGGCGCUACUCGCUCUCCCUGGAGAGGCAGAGUUUCAGACCCCUACAGAGGGGCGAUAGUGCAGGAUACCCUCUGGACACGAGGUACCACAGCACGCUGUCACGUAUCGCCAGCACAGCCGACGAGGAGGCCAAUUAG